AUGUUAAUCAGUCAAAAAACACCGAAUUUAUGCUUUCCUGAUAAAUCCCCAUCAAUGAAUUUAUCAACACAAUUAAAUAAUCCAAUCAUUUUUAAUUCAAACACUAUGGAAUCACAUGAUAAAAAUAACCAUGCUGAUGGUGAUGAUGAUGAUGAUAAUAAUAAUGAUGACGAUGAUGAAGAUGAGCCAAAAUCAUUCAACAUAGAAACAUGUAAAUCACAAUUUAUAUUCAGUCGAAAUAGACAUAGUUCUAAUGAAUCUAACACAACGAAAGCAUCAAUUUCACCAUUCUUAUCAACUUUACCAAACAGUAGUACGGCGUUUCGAUCUCCACCCCAUCUACUACAACCCAACAUAAACCUACAGUCAUCGUUACCAUUACUACCCCCAACAUCAUUACCAUUCACACUUCCUUCUGUCCCUCCGUUAACUAAUUCAUUAUUUUGCAAACAUUCCACAUCAUUCUAUACUACUCUAAUGAAUCAAAUGGAUCCAGAUCAAUUACAUGUUCUUAUAAAAAUGUUAAAUGAUACAGUUACAAAUGGUUUAUUAAAUAAUAGCUCGUCAAAUUUAUCACUACCACCUACAUCGAUUUCAACAGCGGCAUUAGCUACUGCGGCGUUGCAAUCAAUGUUCAAUAGCGCCAUGUUUAACACAGAAUCUUCAGUAGCAAUGAAUUUAUUUAAUAAUAAGUUUGAUUCAGUGGAACAUUUUGAUAUUUGUAAACAUGUACACAAUGAUUUGAAGAACAGUUUUAGUUCACAAGAUGAUUAUUAUCAUCAUUAUCUCCGUGACCAGUGGGAUUCCCGAUAUUGUUCAAAAGAUUAUUUGAAUGAUCCUGCUAAUUGGCCAGAUAAUAUUGAUAAUAAUAAUGAUAAUAAUAAUAAUAGUGGUAAUAAUAAUAAUGUAUUACUUAUGAUGUUAAUGAUGAUGUUUAUGAAAAGAAAUGUUGAUUCGUUGAUAUCAACACCUAAUCAAUUAAAUAAGUCACCAACAUUAACAUUAUCAUCUGUGUCUGGACCCUUCACUUCCCCGUCAUCAUCAUCGCCAUCGUCGACAAAAGGACUUACGACGAUGACAACAGCAACAACAACUACUACUACUACUACAGAAAACCAAUUUAUGGAUGAUCAUAUAUUGCACUGUGACAAAUCUAGUCAACAUCGUUAUAAUUUGUUACAUAAUCCAAAUUAUUUAAACAUUGAAGAUGGAUUGCAAAAAUCUAUGAAAUGUAACAUAGUGGAUGAUCAAGAAAAUUUAAAAUUUAAAUUAAAUCAUUUAAAUGUAUUCCCAGAGAAAUUAACUAUUCGUGAUAUCGUUAGUUCAACUGGUAGUAGUAAGAAUACUACUAUGGUUAAUACUACUAUUACUACUACCACUACUACUUAUAACAGUAGCCAUAAUAAUAAUAACAAUAACAAUAAUGGUAAUGGUUAUCAGCCAUCUAAUUCAUAUAUCAUGAAUGACUUAUUAGAAAAUGAAUCAGAUCAAAUAGGUUCACUAGUUCAACGAACUGAAUUAUUAGACUCUGAUCUAUGGAAACAUUUUCAUAGUAUGACUACUGAAAUGGUAAUUACCAAAUCAGGACGUCGAAUGUUUCCAUCAUUCAAAGUACGUGUUACAGGAUUAGAUAGAAAUGCAAAAUAUAUUAUGUUAUUAGAUAUUGUAUCACGUGAUGAACAUCGAUAUAAAUUUCAAAAUGGUAAAUGGACAAUUGCAGGUAAAGCUGAUCCAGAACCAUGUCGUAAACCGUACAUUCAUCCAGAUUCUCCAACAACCGGUGAAGAAUGGAUGCAUAAACCAAUUUCAUUUCAUAAAUUAAAAUUAACUAAUAAUGUAGCUGAAAGACAAUCUUUUCAAGCUGUACUCAAUUCAAUGCACAAAUAUAUACCAAGAUUUCAUAUUGUUCGCGCAGAUCAUCUAAAUAAAAUGAAUAUGUCCAAUUUUGUUACAUUUAUCUUCGAUGAAACUGAAUUCAUCGCUGUAACCGCCUACCAGAAUGAACGAAUCACUCAAUUAAAAAUUGAUAAUAAUCCAUUUGCUAAAGGAUUUCGAGACAAUGGUAGUGGGCGUCGUGAAAAGAAAGGUUUACGAUUACGUUACAAACAGCCGAUAAAUUCUGUUGAUACUUAUGAUGAUCUAGAUGGUAUUGAAAGGGAUAUGUUAAGAAAACGUUCAAUUGAUUUAUACAAAACACAUGAAAAUAUUAAGUUUUCGUUUCCGAAUUCAAUAAAUCAUCCAAUAUAUACAAAUCGAUUGUCAUUAUUACAUAAUAACAAUAAUAAUCAUGGAUUAGAUAUAAAGUGUUCUUCAUCUUCCCAUUGUUCUUCAAUUUCCACUCCCAUUUGUAAUGCAUCAUCAUCGAUUAUAUCAACACCGAAUCAAUUAUUUUGUGGAUUAUCUAACUCUUUAUCUUACACUUCAUCAGAUCAAUUCUCAUUAUAUUCAAUCAACAAUUUGCAUAACUGUGGUAAUAAUAAUAAAUCAGUUGAUUCUUUAUCACCAUUAUCAUCAUUAUCAUUUUGUAAUUUAUCAGUUGAUAAAUUAUCUACUACAAAAGAUCUAUCAUCUCCAUCUUUGUCAUUACCUUAUCCACUAUGGUCAGGAUAUUUUGAUCCAACAUCAUUGAAUUCAAAGUUGAUAUCAACAAAUCUACCACGAAGUCAACAUACAGUACAUUACUGUCCAAAAAUAUCUAAAUCAUCAUCAUCGUCAUCCUCGUCAUCAUCCUCUUCCUCCUCAUCAAUUGAAUAUUCUUUCAAUAAAAUACAAAAUAAUCAUUCUAUGGAAUUUCAACGUCAACAUCAAAGACAACAACAACUUAUGGAUAAAACUGACAGAUUACACGAUAUAAAUGAAAUGUCAUCUUCAACAAAUAAUUCCUUUACUUUACCAUCUUCAACAGUAACACUUAUAUCAUUGUCAUCAAAGCCAACAUCAUCAUUAACAUCAGGAUUAUCAUCUCCGUUAGUAGGAACACCAUCAGUAUUCACUGAUGCCACCAACACGAAGACGACAACGACGAUGAUGACAACAACAUCAACAUCAAAAUCAAGUCAAUCAUUACCGUAUUCAACACUAACUACAUCUGUUUUCGAUAGAAUAUCUGGAUUAGCCGGAGAAACAGGAGAGGGAAUAACGGAAUUACAACUUUUCUCAGAUAAUUUAAAACGUAAAUAUGAUGAGAUGAAUAAAUAUUGUCAAGAAGAUUGUAAUUCCUUACAGAGUCAUAAAGAUUCAAAUGCAUCCAAAUUAUGCUGUUCGCCUAUAAAAAAACAAUGUAUCCCAAAAACUAUUACAAUGAAUAGUGAAUCUAAAUAUGUGAAUGAAAAUGAAUAUUCUAAUAAUCCUAUAAACUCUAAACGAAUAAUAACAAAUGAACAAUUAUAUUGUAAUGAAAUAAAAUGUGAAAAUGAAUUCAAUCAUUCAUUAUGUUGUAAUUGUUCACAUUCAUUAUCAACAUUAUCACAUAGUAAUAUGAUUAAUUCAUCUAUAACGACAUCAACAUCAUUAACAUAUAUGAAUUCAUCUAAACGUAGUUUCAAUAUAAGUUGUUUAUUAGAAUAAUCCCUCAACGCUCCUGCCGCCCCCCCCCCAGGAAAAAAAAGACACACAUAGUUGAUGAAUAUUCCCACUUUUUUUGAAGAAAAAAAAAUGUAAAGUAAUCAAAUU